CGUUAAAAAAAAAAAAAAACUCGGCCAAAAACCCAAACAGGUGUGAUAGGGUUAACGUCGUCGUAUCAAUUGUCUGAUUCUGAAUAGAAAGAGAGUUAGGGUUUUGAAAUUUCCCUAAAUGUACAACGGAAUCGGACUGACCACCGCUCGGGGUUCGGGCACUAACGGCUACAUUCAAAGCAACAAGUUCUUUGUAAAGCCCAAGACGAAUCGGGUAACCGACGCCACCAGGCCUUUCGAGGCUGAUCAAGGCACGGCCGGCCUCACCACCAAGAAGCCCAACAAGGACAUCCUCGAGCACGAUCGUAAACGUCAGAUCGAGCUCAAGCUUGUGAUUUUAGAAGAUAAACUCACUGAGCAAGGCUACACUGAGUCUGAGAUCGCUGAUAAGCUCUUCGAGGCUAGGAAGGCUCUCGAGGCUCAGCACGAGAAAGAUGAAGAAGAAGGAGAAGUUAUACCCACCCCUACUCAUCAGAAAAAGGUUUCGGACACGCAGACUCACCAAGUUGCUGCGAGGAAGGAGAAGCAGAUGGAGACCUUCAGGGCUGCACUCGGGAUUGGACUUUCUGAAUCUGCUGCUCCUCCUUUGAUGAAUAAUCGAAAGAAUAAUGAUGAUGAUAAGCGUGAGCAUGCCUUUCUGGAUAGAGAUCCUCCUGUUGCCGCUGCUGUGGGUGUGGAUGACCUUAAGCUGAAGGCAGACAAGAAAAAGGGAAAAGCAGUUGGAGAUGAAAUUGAUGAGUCAAGACACCGGAAAAAGAGAAAGGUGCAGAAGAGGUCUAGGCAUCAUGACUCUGAUACUGAUACAGAUAGUAGUGUAGAGCAUUCGAAGAAAGCUACGCGCAAGAAGAGUCGUAGGGGUUAUGAUAGUGAAAGCGACCAUGAUGAAUUUGCUAGUGGCAGGAAGCAGAAAAAAUCAGCUAAGAAGCAUGAUAGACGCAGACCACUUGAUGGUGAUGAUUCUGAUUCUGAUGUGGACAAUGAUGACACUAGUAAAAGAGAUGUUCACAAGAACAAAUCAUCUCGUAGGAGGCAUGACUCCAGUGAGGAUGACUCUGACACUGAUGGUGGGAAGGAAAAGAAGAAAGAUGAAGUUCAAAGACGAAAGAUUGAGUUGACUCGUAGCCAGAGGAAGGGGAGGUACAACAGGGGUAGUGAAUCUGAUGCUGAUGCAUAUAGAGAAAGAGAUCGUAGAAGGGAAACAGUUAAGAAAGGUAGUCAUAGGCGUGAAUCCAGUAUGGAUGACUCUGACACUGAUGGUGGGAGGGAAAAGAAUGGAGGUGAAGUUCAAAGUCGAAAGAUUGAGCUGACUGGGAGCCGGAUAAUAGGGAAGGACAACAUGGGUAGUGAAUCUGAUUCUGAUUCAGAGAGAGCAAGAUAUCGUAGAAAGGACACAGCAAAGAAAGGUCGUCAUAGGUAUGAUACAGAAGAUGACAGUGAUCCUGAUAUAGCAAGUGAUGAAAAAGUAGAAAAGGGUAGGGGAAGAGGUAGAAGACAUGAUUCUGAUGAUGAUGAUUCUAGUUCCUCCUAUGGUAGGAAAAGUGGCAAGGCUACAGCACCAAGAGAAACGGCUGCUAGAAGGAGAUCAGUCUCUUUGACUGAUAGUGAUACAAGUUCUAGUGAUGAUAACUCUGACAGCAGUGGUCUAAAGAUUCAAAUAAAAGGCAAGAAGAACGCCGCUGACAAAGACAGAAGAGGACAUAGAUGUGAUGAUGACAAUCAUGGUGUUAGAGGUAGUCAUCAAUCUAGUCAAGAAGAAAAGGGGUUUGUAUCCGGUCCAGUCCAGAAUGAUGAUAGAAAGGGAAGAACCCUAAAUGAGGAUGACAGAAAAGAGAGAUUGCGGGAAUCAGAGAGUAAUAGGGAAAUGAUGAAGGGCAAGAGGAAGCUUGAUGAUGAAUUCCAUGACGACCAGCCAGAAUCAAAGUCAAGAAGUCGAAACUUAGGAAGAGAGGUGGAGCAUAAAAGGGAUAAUCCAAAGGAUGCUAAGUUUGAUUUUGAACCAAAUGCCAGAGCUUAUAGGGAGAAUGAUCGUAGGAGGGAUGAUUUUUCUAGGUGGGAAAAAGAUGAUCGUAGGAGGGAUGAUUAUUCGAGGUCACUUAGGUCUGGAGUAGAGCUUGAUGGUGACAAUGGUAGACAGGAUGGCAGAAUUAAGAGUAAGAUCAGCAAACCACAUUAUGGAUCUAGGAGGAAUGAUUGGGAUUAUGAAGACCAGAGAGGUGGUCGAAGGCAUGGCAGGGAUGAAGAGGAACCUCGAGGGAAAGAACAUCAAAGAGAUAAGAUGGACCAUAAAUAUAGAAGUCAUGAAAGGGAUGAGGAUGAGCACCAUGGAAGCCGUAGGCAGAGAAAAGGGGACGAAGACAACCGAGGAAAUAAAGGUCAUGUGCGCAAUAGACAAUUGGAUCAUUAUGAGAAAAUGGCAUAUGAUGAUGCUCGGUCUAGUGAGAGAAAAUUGCGUAGAGAUGACCGAGGAUGAUGGUAGUCAGAUCAUACCUGGUACUGUUAGCUGCUAUCUGAUGAAGCAAGUAGUGAGAAGUAUUUUCACCCUAGCCUCAGUUUGGUUGCCAGGAGGAUAGCUUGGAUAAGAAAAAAUAUGUUUUUAAUAAUAGGUCUUUUUGGGUUUAAAUUUAAUGACAAGAAAUAUUGGUAUUGUUUGGAUUGAGUAGUUGAUGAUAAUGUGUAUAACAUGUUUUAUAUUGAUGGCAUUUAAUCUUAUCUACUGUUCAAAAGAACCCUUUCUAGCAUCUCAUUAUCUCAGUUUGGUUUUGGAAACAAUAGGGGCUAAUAAACUUGUUGCUUGAAAUCAUAAACUAAAGGAGAUGCAUUUAAUGUUGAUAAAAGAUUUUAAAGCAGAUGAAUCCAUAUCAAUUAAAUGCACCCACCACCAAUGGGUUCUCCUUUUCCUGUUAUUGCUACUAGCACUAAAAGAAUUCCAUAUACCAACCGAAAAAGUCAGCUACUAAAGAUGCGGAUUAAAUUUUCGCCAAAAUACAUUAGACAUAUAUCCACGUCUU